GUUUUCAACAAGGAGUUAGCCCUAAACUUCUUGCUGUGGUUCUGUUCUGGUUUGAGCCCCGUGGAUGUGACUGGCUUGCAAGGGUCUUGCUCAAGGCCUUGACAUUUGACGUUUUUGCUUGCGAAUGGGUUUGGAAUUUCCCAUCGGCCCACGCUCUCCGUAGAGGCUUUGUGUCACGAUUUGCGGAGGGUUCGGUUUUUAGCCUUCAAAAGUUUCCUUCCAUUUCUAACGACAUUAGCUUGUGACUUACAUAUUACUGGACGCUAUGAUUCAACUUGGGUUCCUGAUUUGCAUUUUGUGUUUAACAAGGGAUAUUUACGCCGCUAACACUACUGGCCUCGCUGCCAGUAACAAUAUCACGAUCAAACUCGGGUUUAUAGGAGCUCUGGACAGCAGCUUAGGAUCGACAUCAACCCUAGGAAAAGAACUUGAAUCAGCAUUCAAAAUUGCUGUAGAACUUAUAAAUGAAAAGGCAAAAGGAAGAAUACGACUUUCAACAGAUUUUAAAAGUAUGAUAAAAGACGAAGGACUUGAUCCGCCGACAACGUGCAAAAUAGCUGCACAGCAGUUAGCCGCCGACCCUGAUGUAGUAGGUGUUGUGGGUGCUCUUCGGUCGUCCUGCUCAGAGGCGUCACAUCAGUACUUUAGAGACAAUGCUGCGAGCAUGACACAAAUAUCCUACGGCUCCACGUCAGCGACGUUGUCAAACAAGAAUAAGUUUCCGAAAUUCUUCAGGACAUGCGCCAGUGACGUGCACCAAGCUUCGGCCCUCGCUGAUCUUAUCACUUACUUCAACUGGAGAAGAGUCAGCUCGAUCACAUCCACCACAGGUUACGCUAAGGAGCUCGUGGACAGAUUUGAACAGGACGCGCGACUCAAUGGAGUCCGUGUGAUUGCGUCUGCUAAGAUACCACCCGGACAGCCAGACAUGGUUGAGAGGAAAGUUCAACUGGUGAAAGAUGCUCAAACACGAAUUAACCUGGUUAGUGCGCUACCAAACCGAGCACAGACCGUCUUCCAGAAGGCAAAAGAAAAGGGUAUGACGGGACAGGGAUGGGUAUGGGUUGGUACUGAUGGCGUCACGUCCAUGCCAAUCUCCGACUCGCAAACGGAAUUGAAAGAGAGCAUGCAAGGCACUAUUGGAAUAACUCCUAAAUCUGGCAGUGGCGCGAAGUAUCUGGACAUUCUAGUCAAAUGGUACAACAAGAAAAAGUUCGGUCUGGAUGCGGAAUAUCCGGGAAUUGUACUUAAAACUAUUAUCACUACAUCUGCGUACGUGCCACAAGUUUUCGAUGCAGUGUACGCGUAUUAUCUCGCUUUUGACCGUUUGGACAAAGCCGGCAAGAUACAACCGGGUGAUUCGCCUUCAAAGCUAAGAAGUCUCGUGUUUGACGAACUGAAAAACAUUCGCAGCCCCGACACUGGGUUUGUAGGCGCACAAGGAAUCUACACCUACUUUGACAAAAAUCACGAUGGGCCCCCAGUCUACGAUGUCGUUAACCUAAAGGGCACUAAAUGGGAUACGGUCGCGACAUGGAAUAGAAGCCUUGGAAUUGAGCGAACAAAGGGGGACAUUAUCUGGCCAGGGAAUACCAGGAACCCACCCACGGACCGCGGACUUCCCGGAAAAACGACAUUUAGGAUUGGCUUCAUCGCUCCAACCCACCCCGACCUCGCCGGACUUGCACUGCUAGGCAAGGAAUUCGAGUCCGCGUUUAAGGUCGCUGUUGAUAUGAUGAACAAAGAUUUCUCGCUGUCCGUUGACUUUGAUAUCAAAGUACGGGGUGUUGGCAAAGACUUGGCGGAGGACUGUAAGCAGGCAGCGGACAGACUUGCAAAGGACGGCGUGGUGGCUGUUAUCGGAGGCUAUCGAUCUGACUGUUCCAUCGCUAGCGCCAAAGUGCUAAGCUCUAGCAGCAAUCGUGUCCCUCAGAUAUCUUACGGCUCCACGUCCCCCCGUCUCUCCGAUAAGACUCGCUUCAAGUAUUUCUUCCGCACCAGUGCUUCCGACAAGCACCAGGCGAAAGCUUUAUCCGCGCUUUUCCGCAAUUACCGCUGGCCGGAAGUGGGUACGAUCUCAACCGCGGACUCGUAUGGAUGGGAUUUGGUGGAUACAUUCAAGAGGAAGGUAGAAGGAAUGGUUGACGUACCUGUCCGUGUUAUUACGAGUCAGCGGUUUCCUAUGGAUGGGAGAGCGAAGUCGGUCAGACCUAAAGUCGACAAUCUUAAAACCUUGGACAGCAAGGUCAACCUCAUAUCCAUGAUCCGCAACGACGCCGAGACAGUCUUUCAGCAGAUUCGCGAGCUGGGCAUGACGGGUAAAGGGUACGUGUGGCUAGCGAGUGAUGGCGCCACCACGUCGACCUUCGAGAAACAGAAGGAUCUAGAAGCUGCCAUGCAAGGCAUGCUGGGAACGCAGCCAAAGAACGGAGAAGGCAGCUUGUAUUUGAAAUUCCUCGCGGCGUGGAAAGAGAAGGAGGCGACGUUGUACCCUGGAAUUGUGCACGGACGACCGUUCCAGACCCCCACAUCCGCAGCAUUCACGGCCCAGCUGUUUGACGCCGUUCACGGGGUCGCACUUGCGCUGUCUGAUCUCGUCAACAAGAAGCAGAUCAGCCGUAAAACUGACGUCAUGAGCGUACGAGAUAAGCUCUUUCAGAAGCUCAAGACCUUUGACGAUCCCAACACAGGGUACCCGAGCGCUACGGGCGCCAAUGAUGUGAUGUAUUUUGAUCAGAACUUGGAUGGGCCCCCGCGUUACGAUGUCGUCAAUUUGCAGGGCAGCAACUGGAUCACAGUGGGACAAUAUGAUCCCAGUAACGAACAAGUUCAUAUAAUAAGGGACCCUGUCUUCCCGGGGGGCAUUACGAUACCCCCAGGCCCCGCUCGGCCGACCUACAAAAUCGCCGCCUUUUUCCCAAAGCAUGACGAGCUGCGCGCGCUAGCGGAGCUUGGCCGUGAAUGGGAGGCUGCCUUCAAAAUCGCCGUGGAACACGUGAACUCUUCACCAGAGUUCAAGGUGGCGUUUAGCUUUGUCACGUUCGACGGUGGGCCAACUGCUUUGACAUGCGCAGAGGCGGCUAAGAACCUUCCAGAUGACGUUGACCUGAUCGUGGGCGAGGCUCGCUCCACGUGCUCUAUCGCCAUCGCUGACGUCACACGCGCGCGUAAAAUACCGCAGAUCUCGUACGCAUCUACAGCCACUAAGCUUUCGGACAAGCAAGGCUACCCACAGUUUUUCCGCACAUGCGCAGAAGACCGUUACCAGGCCAUGGCGCUAUCCAAGGUGGUUGAGAGGUACAAAUGGGAGCGGAUAGGAACCAUAGCAACCACUGACGAAUACGCGGAGAAUCUGGCUCGCAAGUUUGCUCUGGAUUCGAGGAGGGAUGGUCGAGAGAUAACCGCUGAGUCGAGGUUCAACAUGCACUCAAGAAGUGCAGUCACGGAUGAGGUUAAAGAGCUAAAGAGCGCUGGUGCUGCCGUUAAUUUGAUCAGCUCCGCCACGGAUGACGCGGAAAAGAUCUUCCAAGAAGCGAUUGAACAGGAAAUGACCCACAAGGGCUGGGCGUGGCUUGGUACAGAUGGCUCUACGUCAUCGACAUUCGUCAACUCCCCAAAUCUUCGCCAAGCGAUGCAAGGCAUGGUGGGUACCAGGCCCCAGGAGGGACGCGGCGCUCUCUUCCAAGCUCUGCUAAGGAAAUGGUCAGAAAAAGACGCGCUCGGGUUUCCGGGUGUCGUGCACACGUCGAGAGUUCCACAGGCGUCUAUUUAUGUAGCACAAGUGUUCGACUCGGUCCUGGCCUAUGCGCAUGCGCUAACUCGACUCCACGAAUCCAAACUGAUAACCAAGCUCACACCGCGGCGCCUGAUGCAACAAGAACUUGUGGACGAGCUCAAGAAGAUGCGGGAUCGUAACACCGGCUUCAACAGCGCCAUCGGCGACAAGAUGUUCUUCGACUCGCAACACGACGGACCUGCGAGCUACGACAUCGUGAAUCUGAACGGGAACUCGUGGAUCAAAGUCGGCAGUUACUCCCCCACGCGGGGCCUCAGCAUGCCUCGCGAGGUGGUGUGGCCAGGGGGAAGCCUCACGCCGCCCUCCUCCAAACAACCAAGUGUCUCAAGUUCGUCUGAGCCCGCAGUAUCGGACUCAGUAACCCCGCCUGGCCUGGUUGCAUUGGGAGUAGUAUUUGGAGUAUUCGCGUUGGGCGUGGCUGUGUUUAUUGGAUUCCUCAUCCACAGGGAGAGAAGGGGGCGACCGUCAUUCGGACCACAGGUAUUCAAGCGAGGAGCUGGCUCCGGUGGGCCUCCUGUUAAUGACAUCUCCGUGACUCUGGAUGGACCUGCGUCUCAUAUUGUUAAUGGGAGUGUGGUUCGGUUACCCAGUCAUAAACCUCCCGUACCUGUCUGACAAUUAAAGGCCCAAAUAAGAAAGAGGAGAAACCGACGAGCCAAGCGAAAGGACUCCUCCUCCGAAACAAAAGCUGGUUUUACAGCUACAUAAUGUGCAGAGAAGACAUCGAAGAUAAAUCCAUACUCGGGUUCCCUUUGGUCAUUCCUUUAUUGUGCCAAAUGCCACGCGUUCAGUUGACCACGGAAAACCACAUGAAGCAAAUGUGCC